GCAAGCAGCAAGGAGGAGGAAGACGGCUUUUUCCAAAUAUCGGUCAGGACUCAGCUGAGUGGUCAUGGAGCCGCAUUUUAGAUACCUAAAAGGAAAGAAAGGGCCAAACUUGUCGGCACCAGCUACGGGCCAAGCUGUCACCAUGGUGGUCCAUCUGACUCGAAAGUUUCAGCUAAAACUUUGAUGCAGGCUGAGGUGCCCUUUGUGUAGGGUAUGGCAAAAUUCUGGCAGAGUUUGGCGCCUAGAGUUACUUAUGCCGCUCGCUCAGAACUGUAUCUUUCCGAGGUUUUAGUCCGCUAGUCCCUGGCUCUUUCCGGGUUGAAAUGUGGUUCUUCCAGUUGCAGGCCAGGUCCGAAUCUCGGCGCUGUGUCGGACGCUUCUCCCUUCAUGGCGUAGCUUCUCCUGACAGCUACGCUUUCUGCUUUUGGGAAGUGAAGCAGUGCCGGCCUUGACAACGAUCAUUUCUCGUUGCUGAGCAGCAGCCUUCUAGAGGGGGUAGAGAUGAGCUCAUCAAGCAGAAGAGCGUCAAGCGCCGCUUUCCUGCUUUUAGGCCUCUUUGUCAUUGCAUCAACUUUCAGACACGUUGCGGCAGACUACGUAGUCACAGGGCCGGGGCCAGGGCCAGCGAUCGCUCCGAGCACAUGUCCGUUCACUUUCUUAGAUGCAAACGUCAAGUAUGCGGCCGGUUUCUGCUCCUCGAGCUUCCUGUCUUCAAAUUCAAGUAUUUAUGGCUCAACAUGUUGCAACGCUGUCAGAGCACUCCUGUUUCAAAGCCGAGUGAGGUAUGCUAACGAGACGGGCACUCUUUUGCUGCCCCAAUCAUCGGCUGAUGCCUGUAUACAGGCCGCGAAGAAUGUUCUGCCGGCAAACAACACCGCCUUGUUCAGUUCCUGCGGCAUCGAUAGCUCGUUCCUGUCAGAAGAUACCGGCGAGGCCUGCGGGCCCAACCUUGUGACAGUGUACGACUUCUGGUCGGCGGCGAAUCACACCUAUCCAGGUAUCGUAGGCGCCUCCUGCUACAAGGUGUCAGACUGCUCUGCAUGCCUUCAGUCGGUCUCCUCCCUGAUCCUCAGUCUGGGGCCUAAUCGGACGCUGCUAAGCACACCAGAGUGCCAGGACCUUGCUGAGGUUGCAAUGACCGCGUCUGCCUACCCCGUUGUCGUGGCGAACGGCAUCUCGGGAUGCCUGCACCAAGUAGAGAUCCAGACGCUGGACACGGCGCCCGUGUGCGAUGCCUUCGAGUGGGAUGCGAUCAAUUUCACGUCUGCAAGGCGGAGCUGUGGGCCGGAGCAGUAUCGCAACGACCGGUGCUGUGAUCUGGUUCUGGGCAUGGCAGGCCAGGUGCAUGCGCUGUAUAUGAACAAGAGCGGAACGGGCGUGCCACAGAAUGAAGCGGACGUGUGCCUCCAGAAGGUGAAGGACCUGCUCGUUGCCAACGGCAUUGCAAGCACAGUCCUCGACAACUGCAAGCUGGUCGCAUUCCAGUACCUCUUCUCGGUCGGGUGCUACAACUACACCACGAUCAACCAGCCCAUCCCGGAGUCCUACAUGGAAACGCUGGAAGGGGCGUGCAAUCCUGAUGGCGACUGCACCCAAUGUCAGCCCACGUACCUCAGCGUGGGCAAGACCCUCGCAAACACGACCGUGAAAACGGUCGAGAACCUGUGCGAGAUCCUGAUGAGCAACCAGUACCUCGCGCACUUCGACAACCUGGGGGACAUCACGGACCGCCUCAACUGCUUCUUCCAGUUCCCCCCCCCGCUACAGCUUGCAUUCUACACCAAGUCGAAGGGGAUCACGGUUGGCGCGAUUGUGGGCAUUGCGCUCGGAGCGGUGUUCUUGCUGGUUGUAGUGGCGGGGGUCUUGUUUGUGAUCUGGCGCAAGCGGCGGACGCUCCACGAGGGGCCCGACAGCUCCAUGGGCCACGCCUCGUUCUCGCAGUCGCUCAGUAUGGCCCAGAGCCUGGGGAUGGCGCAGCUCGUGCUGUUCAGCUACUCGGAGCUGCGCAGGGCGACGAAAGGGUUUGAGGAGAACCGCGUGCUGGGGAAGGGCGGUUCAGGGAAGGUUUACCUGGGGAGCCUCAAGGGGAAGACUGUGGCUAUCAAGGAGAUUACGCGGGGGGCCACCAAGAAAGGCGCGCAGGAGUUCCGCAACGAGGUGAUGUCAAUGGCCCAGUGCCGGCACCGGCACCUGGUGUCCCUCGAGGGCUGCUGCGCGAGCGAGCGCCACUGCAUUCUCGUUUACGAGUACAUGGAGCAGGGCAGCCUGGACGACCACUUGUAUGAGCCACGCGAAGGCGCGACGCCGCUGGAGAGCCGCAGCGCCGCGCGCUUCCUGGACUGGCCCGCGCGGCUCAAGAUCGCGCUGGGGACGGCCAGGGGACUCGCGUAUUUGCACGAGGACUGCAAGCCGCGCAUCAUCCACCGCGACGUGAAGCCGAGCAACAUUUUGUUGGACGCUGAUUUCGAGGCCAAGGUGUCCGACUUCGGCCUCGCCAAGCUCACGGCGGACGACGACACGCACGUCACCGCAAGCAUCGUUGGUACGUGGGGCUACUUGGCGCCCGAGUACGCGGCGAGCGGGCAGCUGACGGACAAGAGCGACGUGUACAGCUUCGGGGUGGUGCUGCUGACGCUGGUCGCAGGGAGGCGGCCCACUGAGCCGCAUGCGGGGGAUGACAAGGUGUACCUGACAGAGUGGGCUUGGAUUCUGGCGGAGAGGGGCCUGCUCCCCGACCUCAUCGACCCGCGACUACAUGCGGACCUGGAGAAGCACGGCAAGGCCAUCGAUACGAUGACCAGGGUCGCGCUGCUGUGCAUCCACACGCAAGUCAGCCUGCGCCCCACGAUGCGGCAAUGCAUCAGCAUGCUCACGGACCAGAUCCCGGUGCCCGCCCUGCCCAGCCGACCGAUGACCAUCUUCACCGUUGCGUCAAUGGCGUCUUCCGACUCGGGGAGCUCUUACCUAAACACGCCAGACAACAGCUCAAGCGUCAGUCAAACGAGCACAUCGAGAUUGUUGGCGCAGCGGCACUUGUUCAACGGAAGCUUCCUCAGCCGCACGGGGAGCAUAAAGGAGAACGACGUGGAGGCCUCCGGUUUGAAUGGGCACGGUGUUGAGCUGCCGAAAAUGGGACCGUGAGAGUGAGAUGGGAGUAAAGAUGGGCGCGUCUUUGCCCGGGUAGGAAGGGUAGAAAGGUUCUAUGCCAUGCAGGCAUAGGGCGAGGGUCAGCUGACCAGGAAGAGCGUUGGGCGAUUGGCAAGCUAGAAGGCGGCUCGCGCAAUGCGCUCUAACUGCAAAAGUGCUUCCUUUUGGUGAAACUGCGUCGGCGCCAUGGCCCUGCAACUAGAAAACCGAGUUGUGGGUAUAACAUGAUCAAACUGAGCUUUGCAGCGGAAGUAGGCGGGCGUUGCCCGCAAGGCACGUGGAGAAAGGGCUGAAAGCCCAAACGUGCAACCGUGAAUGCAACCCAGAUAGCGUGGAUAAGGAUUAUUGAAGAGGAAUGAUGACGAGGGGAGAGAGUUUUAUGAGAGGGGGAGACCUAGAUGCAAGCGCGUUGUUAGCCGCAUGCGGUGGGGCAAGUUGGUACUAUGGGGUUGCAAUGUCCAAGGUACGAAGUAGUCCUCUGCAUACUUUACCGUUAAAUUGACACGUCGUCAUUAUGUCGGUAGUUGAAACAGGUUGUCACCACGUAGAUGCAGUCGCAUAGCGUGUGAUUGCAGGUGCAAUAGUAGUUUGACAUGGG